GUUCUGAUUCAUUAGAAUGGCAAAUGUACCGCAGCAUAUAAAUAUCAACUGGCUCCCCUGGGCUACAAUCAGUCAGUUCCUCAGCUAACUGUGGGCUCAAAAUGGGAAAGAUCAUCUUUUACGAGGACAGGAACUUCCAGGGGCGGCACUAUGAGUGCAGCAGUGACUGUGCCGACCUGUCCCCUUACUUCAGCCACUGUAACUCCAUCCGUGUUGACAGUGACUGGUGGGUGCUGUAUGAGAAACCCAAUUACAUGGGAUACCAGUAUGUUCUGACAAGGGGAGAGUAUCCUGACUACCAGCGCUGGAUGGGAUUCAACGACUGUGUCAGGUCAUGUCACUCCUACCCACAGUACCAGGGAGGCUCCUACAGAAUGAGGAUUUAUGAGAGGCCUGACUUUGGAGGACAGAUGAUGGAAUUCAUGGAUGACUGUCCAUCUGUCUACGAUCGUUUCCGUUACCGUGACAUCCACUCCUGCCAUGUGAUGGACGGUUACUGGACCUUCUAUGAACAUCCCAACUACAGAGGGCGCCAGUACUUCAUGAGACCCGGUGAAUAUAGGAGAUACAGUGACUGGGGAGGCUACAGCUCAACUGUAGGAUCUUUCAGGCGCAUGAGGGAUUUCUAGAUUGUUGUUAAAAUAUUUUAUUUUCUUUGUUUAAAUCACUUCUGAACCUAAAUAAAAUAGCUUCAAUUUGAUCAUUA